ACACAUUUUAAAAACUAUGUCCUUCUCCCUCUGUGAGCACACUUGGCUUCACAACAUCACUGAAGCUGCUCCCCAUUCCACCAACUCCACCACGAGUCAGCCGCCGCCUCCUCUUCUCAUCUGAGCGAUUGAGCCGCCGCCGGCGCCCGGCGCCACCGCAUUUCUCCCCCACCAGGCAGCCCCUCCGUCCUCGCCUUCUCACCGGCCGCCGACCGUCGCGCCGUCGCUAGUCUCGCCACAUCGCCAAGCAACUCAGCAGCGACCGUCGGUCCAUCCCGGCAUCUCGGCGCUCGGCGGCGCGCGUCUUCUCCACUUUGCCACAACGUCUUCCACUGAGCACUCAAGUCAACGUAGUGGUCCGAGGCACAAGGAAUCUAGCAUGCGAUGGAGCAUUUGGUCGAAUUAUACAGCGGGUGGGAAAUCCAACUUCUUGUACUGCUCAGCUUCACAUUGCAGUCGUUCCUCUUCUUUGCUGGCAGACUGCGGCGCCGAAGCAGCAACAGCUUUCUCAGGCUCUGCCUCUGGGCAGUUUAUUUGGGGGCAGACCUGGUAGCAGUGUAUGCACUGGGCUAUCUCUCUAAGCGCCAGGAUGUCACCAUUGAAACGAACAUACUUACAAGAACCCAACCACUAGCUUUCUUUUGGGCACCAUUCCUCCUCAUCCAUCUUGGUGGGCAGGAUACCAUCACUGCUUUCGCCAUGGAGGACAACAACUUGUGGUUGAGGCAUCUGUUGAAUCUGGUGAUGCAAGUUGCCCUAGCUUUAUAUGUUUUUUGGAAGUCCAUUGGUAAACACAGUGCAGACCUUCUGCUUGCGGGUAGCUUUGUGUUUGUUACUGGAAUUAUCAAGUAUGGAGAAAGAACAUGGUCUCUCAAGUGUGGCAGCCUUCAAAGUCUCGAGAGCUCAGAUGCACUGCGUUACAAAAUGGAACUGCCUGAAGGAAUCGCUGGUGAUGUUGGCGUUGUUCGUGCUGCUCUGGAUUCCAUGCCAUUUGUCCUUGAUGUCAUGGCCGAACGCAACUUGCUUGAUCUCGGCCGAGAAUAUAUGAACAAAAUAGAUGACCCUGAGCAAAUGAUACGGAUGGUGAGGCUUCAGCUUGGCAUGAUAUACGACGAUCUCUACACUAAGUCUCUUGUGCUCAGAACACGGAGUGGAGUUAUACUUAGAUGCAUCUCUCAGGCCUCGGUAAUAGUUGCCUUUGUGCUCUUCCAUGCAAGUAGCAGAGACAAUUAUAGCAAAGCUGACAUUGCCAUCACCUAUUCGCUAUUUGUGGGUUGUUUUUUCUUUGAAGUCAGUUCAACGUUUGUUUCCAUGUUGUCACCUUGGACAUGGGCAUGGUUGAAGGUUAGAAGGUGUGAUGCACUCGCCAGUUUGUGGGUUUUCUUUUGCUCUGACAUCGGAUAUCCAAGGACGAUGAAGCAGCAGCGGUGGCCAAAUUUGAUUGGACAGUACAACUUACAUAGCUGGUUGACUGACAGCGGCCCGAAGCAAAGCAUAAUAAUGGUUGUGUUCAGAAAGUUGUUUGUGGAUUUGUUGGGUGUCAAAAAGAAGAAAAUAUUUUGGAUGAGCAAGCUAUUAGACACCGGUUACGUGGAUGUGGGUAGCAAGAUUGUGGAGUGUGUUGCAGAAGAGAUUAGUCUCUUGACAUUUGAUUCCGAUAUUGAUAAACCCAAUGAAUGGCCAAAAAUUGGUUCCUUGUUGAAAGAGGCAUCAGAACUUUUUGCUAAUGAUUUUGGUAUGGCAAUUAUCUGGAUGCAUGCAGUUACUGAGUUGCUUUUGAAAAAAUGUGAAUCUUCCCAUUCAGAUAUAGAGUUUCAUGGUACAAGUGAAUUUGGUUUGAUGAUUUUGGUAUGUCGGAAGCUAUCCAAGUACAUAAUGUACCUUUUCAUUCACCACCCUUCCAUGCUGCCGCUCUCUAUCAGCCCAGCACCUACCCUGGCUCAGGCUCACGAAGUAUAUGAUGAUUUCACCAAGGAUAGUGUUGAGUUGGAGGUAAGCAAGGAAACAGUGGAGGAGGUAGCACGCAUGUGGACGCGGCUACUUGUUUACGCUGCUGGCAAGUCCAAGGCGGCGCCGCAUGUUGCGCUGCUGAGCAGAGGAGGAGAGCUCAUCACAUUCGCAUGGCUAAUCAUGGCCCACUGCGGGUUUGGGGAUACCCGCGUUAGAAGACUUCAACUUACCAAUAUUGAUGCCCACAUAGUGAGAGAAUUAGAUUUUACACCGCGACACCUCUUCAAUCUUCCCAUGGAAGAUCAGAUAUCGGACUCUGCUAAUCGCAGGUCAAAAUUGGAUGAUGAGAACGCGAAUGGGAUGACGACUAAGUCAGAUCGCUUCGUGGUUGGUAGCCGUAGCUUUCCAUGAGGGUCCGUCCAUAUGUGGUUUCCUUAUGUGCUUGUUUAUUCUCAAGUUUCUAUGGAGCUCUCCUGGUAUUCUGCAUUUGUUGCUCGAUCAGUCAAUGAUGCUCUUCAUGAAGCACACACUAUAUACUUAUGCAAACAUUGUAUUUUUCUUGCUUUGGAAGUGUGAAUUUUUUUUAGAAUGCUUGUGUGUGAUUGUUGGACUGAUUGUUUUGUUGUUGUUGCAGUGGAUUCUCAUUUAGAAAGUUGACGUGUAUGACGUGCUUGGAUGCAUUUUGUUCUUUCCAUAUUGUCCUAUUGGAAGCAUAAGAGCAUGUUUGGGUUGGAGGAGAUAUAGAUUCAAAUCCAGGUUUCGCUUAUGCGACCUACCUCAUCCAACUACUAAGAGCAAAUUCUGUACCAAUUUUCCAUAUUUGCGGUCUUGCGGAGAAUGGAUGGCUAGAUAAGAUGGCCCGGGGGCACCUGCUCUAAAACAUGUUUCCGAAUAAAAAGAGCCCACUUAGUUUCAGCUGCAGUUGUAGUACUUGAUACUAGCUUGAAUCUGAUUGAGGUCGUCACUGGCCAAGUGUAGAUGAUGUUGAUAGUCUAUUCCGAUUUCAAUGUACCAACACUACAUACUACAACUGGUGGUGUGUAUGGGUCGAUAAGGAUGCCCAUAUGUUCCCCCGAUGCGUGCAGGGCCGUUGGGAUUGCCGCGGAGAGCGAUGAGGAGAAGAGCAGGCACUUCGCUUCAAGGCUCUGAUCAGGACACAGAUUGGAGGUCAGUCUCCCUCUAGAGCUUUGCAUUCCUAGUCUCUGAUGUGUCCCUCCGAACAGGUGUUUAAUUAACACUUGCUGAAUAAGGGGAAUUGUUGUUCUCCUUACAGUACAAUUUGGUGACAAAACGUUGCAGUAUGGUUCCUGCUGGAUUGUCAGAUUGUGCUAACAUUCCCAUAGUACUUUGGAUGAUAUUGCUAAGAAUAUGCUUCGUUUGAGCUCCACCUGUAGUA